GAGAAACAAAAUUCUUGAGUUGGUUUCUCACAGAGCUCCUCACACUCUGAAGUUGAGAAACAAAUUUUUUCGUCCGAUUUUAUAGGAAACAAAAUCGGAAUUGGCGGGAAAAGCUGUUGAUUCUGGGGAUUCUGUGAUUUUUCUUUGAAUAAUAUAUAAGAAUUUUCAGUGAAUUUUGAAGCUUCGUGAUGGAUAGCCCAUCUGGGACCCAUCAAGAACCGGGCCACCCUUUCGUCUUCACUCAACGGCGCGGCAAUCGCAGUAACAGGGACGGUGUUCCGGCGCCGGAUAAUUCAAUUCUGGCAGCGGCGGGGGCAACAGGACGGCGAAGAAACACAAUCUGGGUAUCGCAACGGAUUGGACUGCGGUGGAGCAAUUGGUUCUGGAAGAAGUGCUCAGCGCGUUUGCCUCAGAAUCAAAUAUAAUUUGGUAUGCAAAGAUUGCCAUGCAACUACAGAGUGAGAUGGAAUGGGAUGCAGCAUUGCAGUGCAGAAGGAUGAGUUGUUUCAGAAUAAGCACAGAGGGGCAACUCUCCAUGCCUUCCUGCAGUUUUUCCUCACAAAGGUCUCAUGCCAAUGUAAAAGAGUCUCUCUAACUAUGGAAGGCAACACCCUCUCAUCAAACAAAUAAAAUAACAAGGGCCACAAUGUCCUCAUUUUAGCAUAAUGAAGAGUGACAUGAUUAGCUGAUUCUUCCUCAACAUUACAAAGAUGGCAUCCAUUCACUAAGUUUCUGAGAGAGAAGUAAAGGCGGCACCAGCAUGAUUGUCCCUUGGCAUUGCAAUUAUUCCUUCUGAGAAAUAAAAAUAGAGAGAGAAGGAAAGAUGACCACAACUUAUCAGGGAGAAACAAAGAUGAAAAGCUUUGUGAUGGAGAAAACAUUAGGGACCCAUCAAGAACCGGGUCAUACUUCAUCUUCAUUCGAUGGAGGUGACAACCCGAGCAAUAGGAACAUUACUCUUGCGCCAGAUCAUUCGGGUCCGGCGGCAGCAGCAGUGGCUGCAAAGGUGAUGAAGCACAACCCAGGUAUUGCAAUGGAUUGGACUACAGAGGAACAAUCGGUGCUUGAAGAAGGGCUCAGAGCAUUUGCCUCAGAUACAAAUGUAAUUCGAUAUGCAAAGAUUGCUAUGCAACUAGAAAAUAAGACAGUUCGGGAUGUGGCAUUGCGGUGCAGAUGGAUGAGUAGAAAGGAAAAUAGCAAGAGAAAGAAAGAAGGCCACAAUUUAUCAAGGAAAACCAAAGAUAGAAAGGAAAAAGGCACUGAACCUUCUGCAAAAUCAUCUCAAUUGGCAUUGCAGGCCAAUGCUCCACCACAUGUUAUGCCCAUGAUUCCUGUGGACUUUGAUGAUGGCAAAUCAUCCAAAGCCAAUGGUGUUUCUGCUAUGAAGCUGCUUGAGAAUAAUGCACGGGCUUUCAAUCAAAUUGCUGCAAAUUUUUCCUCUCUGCAGAUAGAAGACAACAUCAGUCUUUUCUGCCAGGCUCGUGAUAACCUUCAGGUCCUUCUGAACAGCUUGAAGGAUGAGCCAGAAGCCAUGAAGAAGAUGCCACCUCUGCCUGACAAGUUGAACGAGGAGAUGAUUAACUCCAUCCUUCAUCCCCCUGCUCGCCCCGCCCCAAGGCAGCCAUGAGAGUAUGACCAUGAUGUGCACCUGAUGGACCUCCCUCAAUACAUUUUGCUUCUCUGCUUCUGUUAGUCUUUUAUCGAAUUCUAUGUGCUAGGAAACAAACUGUGAGAACUCAAGAUGAUCAUCAACCAUUUCCCAAUUGAAAAUUCUAGUGAUCCAUGCAUGGGAAAUUGGCAUGGUCAUUUUUUUCCCUUUUUCCUUUACAUUUUCGUGCCUUUUCUGUUCAUUGUAUAACUUGUGCAGAGAUUGAGGGAGUAUCAAGACCAAUAAUAAGUGGGUAUUUUGAUGCUAUUAACUUCUCUGUGUUGAUGUCA